GGGAGAAGAUUUCUCUGAAGAGGUCCAAUUAUAAGUUAAGAAAGGUUAGGAAACAGUCACAAGCUCUAUUCAGACAUUAUGUUGUCUGUGCAUUCAAGUCUCUGUACACAUGUACAUGCUUUUGUGUGAAUGACUUGUGCAUGUGUUCAUUAAAAAGUGAACCCAAAUACAGAUCCUCUCAAAUGCAGGUACAGGUAAGAAGUGUACUGCUGUAAAUGUAUUCAGCAGGAUGUGUGAAUAACUGUAUGUAGCCCUAUCCAGACAUGAUAUUGAACACUCAUAUAAUGAGCAUGUGGGCCGAUCUCUCUUCUAAACGGGGCUGCAUGGCGUACACAAGUACAGCUCUGUACAAAGAUUCUAGCCCCAUUCAGACAUUAAACAAGGUAUUAUAAUAAGAACUAAUCUGCCUACUUUCCUUUCACUAUCCCUACAACUGGACUAAAUUUGCUCCAAAUUGGUUAGACAGUUCACAGAUUAGCCCACUUGCGCCUCAAACAUUAAUGCAUCCACCAACUUGAAUUGGGGUGGAUGGCAUCAUCAUAAACUAUGUGUUGGAGGAGUCCCUAUGGGUCCCUACAACGGUACUAAAUUUUGUCCAAAUCGGUUCCUACUUGCACCUCAAAUGUUCAUGUGUCCACAGUCUUGAAUCAGGGUGGAUGAUAUCAUUACAAAUUAUGCCCUUGAGCCAUAUCUAUGUCUUCCUACAGCUGCAGCAAAUUUAGUUCAAAUCGGUUAGGCGGUUCACAAGUUAGCACACUUGCACCUCAAAUGUUUAUGUGUCUACCAUCUUGAAUUAGGGUGGGUGAAAUCAUCACAAACUAUGUUGUGGAGGUGUACCAGUGUGUCCCUACAACUGUACCCAAUUUGGUUCAUAUUGGUCCAGGCACUGCAAAGUUGAUGAGGGAAAGGGGGGCAUGGACAUGCACGCACGCGCGCGUGCACACACACACACACACACACACACAAUGCUGUGGUGAUCUCAUAAGCCUACGGGAAAGUGGACUAAAAACACACUGCUAUAACCAUGUACAGCAGCACAAAUGGGUCAGAAGUCCCACCAUAACCCAUUAAUCAUCAGUGAUUCCUGCUGAUCACACUUAGAGUGGGGUUUGUCUGAAUAAGGAAGCACCCUAUCCAUGAUGGUGGGAAUUUUUGUGAUUUCAUGACUGGGGUACAGAUAGGGCAGUUUCUUAUUCACACACUCUGAGUGUGAGUGGCACAAAGCAGUGGUGAUUGAAAGGUUGUGAGCAGGACAUCCAACCUGUUUAUGCCACUGAACAUGGUUACAGCAGUGCAUUUUUGAAAGUCUGAAUGGUGCUACAGUUAUUCAGACAGUAUGUUGGACACAGAUACAGCAGUACACUUCCUAUCUGUACCAUGCAUUUAAGGGCCUGUACCCAGGUUCACUUUUUAAAUGAACAGGGGUGCAGCAGCUAGGUGAAUUCAGAGUCUGGACAUAAUGGCAUCUUGGGGCAAACUUGAGGGUAUGCCUACUGCUGCUUCUGUUAAGAAGUCAUUGCACAUGCAAAGAGGCCCUCUCCUCCCUGGUAUUUGUUCAUGCCUUCACUGUUACUGAAUCUCCAGGCUGGAAAAUGUAAUUGUGCCAAGUGCUACCAAACCAUUUGAAAUGGUCCAUCUAUGGACCAAUGGUAUAACUCAGUAUAAGGUGACUGUGUAUGUAUGUUCAAACUUGGUGGGCCUUAUUUCUGAACAAACAUGCAUGGAAGUGGGCUCCACUAUGAGACAACAUACUUAAUUUGAGAAAAACAACACGCCCAAAGUAUUGAAUGGCUAUGUAGGAUAACAUAACCAGUAUGUUUACCGAGGGGAAUAUAAUUUGUUAAUAUGGCUUUGAAAUUUAUAUCAGACCACAGGAACCAUGAAUAUUGCAAUCACCAAGUUUUUACGAAAACAGAGGCAUUUACCAUCAGUUUUUGCCAGAAUGCCCAGAAUGUUGGGGGGCAAUAUGCUAAAUCAUUGUAAACCGCUUAGAGAGCUUCCAGCUAUAGAGCGGUAUAUAAAUGUAAGUGCUACUGCUAUUGCUAUUGCUAUUUGCCAAUGUUUAAACAGAAGAGACAAACACAGAUUCACUUUCCUUGUGAGGAAAACUAAACAAUGGGCACUUUCUCCUUGCCUAAGCAGAAUUAGUUCAAACAGAUACAAACUGUCCCAAGUCAUUUCUAAAAACUAAGAAAGGCAGACUCUUGAUUUGGAUAAACUAGUGCAUAAAAGCUGGAAGCAAGCUUUUGAGUUACACAGGACUCUUUCUCAGGCCGACAUUCAGAAAAAUUGGAACGAUAACAUAUGUUGCUGCUCAGGUUAUGGUGUUUGCCCAGUUUACUAGGUCAGAGGGAAGCCAAUGCCAACUAUUUACUUUGGCUGAGGAUGAAGCAAAAUAGAUGUCAGCUAAAAGUCAAGGCUUCAUCCAGCAAGGAAUUAUUGGUUAGAAACUAUUUAUUCUUUGAGAAAGACUAGAUUAAACUUCAGGGGUCCUCAGCAGUAAGUCCCCAGAUGUUGUUGGACUACAACUCCCUUCAUCUAGUGGCCCAGCUAUUUUGGCUGGGGGUAUUAGGUAGUCCAACAAUAUGUGUAGUCCAACUAUAUGUGGGGACCCAAGAUUGAGAACCCCUGGAUUAGAGUUUCCAUCCUUUAAAAAACAAAUGGUAAGCCUCCUGUGUUUUUAACAACUGCACAAAAGGCAGCAACUCAACAAGAUGACAAGUUCCUGCCCGCCCCCCAUUAGCUUACAGUCUCAAAUAAGGGGGCUUUCUUCCUUCUGAGUAAACUAGCAUAGGAUCCAGACUGUAAGGAGUUUUAGAUUGUGAGCCCUUCAGGGACAGAGCACCAUCAUACUUAUUAUUAUUCCAUGUAGACUGGAAACUUUUGUUGAAAAACAGUAGGAGAUUAUGAUGAUGAUGUAGUUGUCAUCAGAUGAUUCUGGCCCUCUGAACACCUACUUGCGAGUAAGCCAAACUGUGUAAUAGGGUUUCCUUCCAAGUAAAAGACCCACAGAUCAGGCUUCCAGUGAGGAUGGAGGCUGAGGGCCAACACAGACUGCAGACUUCUGGCUGCACAAGAGAAAAGUGGUGUGGCAAAUGAGGAAAGCCGCAUUCUAAAAGAGCUGCUGUGCGGCGUGGGACUCUAGGAGAGAGUGAAGGAGACAAUGGACAUUGAAAGCUGGAAGCACGCAUAGGAAGGAAGCUGAACCAAUGGGACCCUACUUCCUGGAGAAAACAGCAGCCGGGGCUGGGAUUGAUCCAGAUCAGGACCAAAAGGUUGGGAAGAAUUAACCGUGUUAUGGCAACAGAUGCAAGUACCAUUUCUUCACACGCUGCUGGUGCAGCCAAUGCAACUGGCAGAUCUUGGGGAACUCCGCACCAACACCAAAAGACAGUGAUAAUCUCAGCUAUCCCAAUCUGUGUUGUGGGACUAAUUGUGAAUGGAAUUGUCAUUUCGCUUCUCUGUUGCAAGAUCAAGACGACAAAAUACAUAGUAUAUGUCCUAAAUAUGGCUAUUGCUGACUUUACUGUUCUCUUUUACCAAUUCAUGUUUUUUAUUCUAUUCUUUAAGCCACUGUAUACCAGUGCACAUUUUGCACGUAUUUUUGACAUGAUAUAUGCACUUGGACACAACUCCAGCUUCUAUAUAUUAACAGGUCUCUGUGCUGAAAGGUUUCUGUUCACCUUUUUCCCAGUCUGGUAUCAAUCUCACCGGCCGAACCAUCAGACAGUUAUUGUAUGUGUCACUAUGUGGGCCUUCUCCCUUUUGAUGUCACUCCUGGAGUAUUUUGCCUGCUAUCAGAAAUCUGGAAUUAUUUUCAAUUGUUGGUCUACAACGAUAAGUGAAAUAGUAUUUGAGUUUCUGGUUUUUGUUCCCAUCUUGUUCUGUUCCGUUUUGGCCCUUUUUGUCAGAAGUCAGAAGCAGGCACCAGAAACUCCUUCUGCAACGCUUGACAUCACCAUCAUAGGCACAGGGCUUCUGGCUCUUAUAUUAGAUGUAUCUGUUCGAACGCUCCAUCUCAUAGAGUUUAGUACUACAAAAAAAUUGCCAUUAUUUCUAAUUACUGUCCUAUUUGAUUGCACAAGCAGCAGUGUCAGUCCUUUUGUGUUUCUCUUUGUUGGACUUUGGAAGAGUGAAAAAGGCAGGAAACCCCUCUAUGCCAUUCUUGAGAGAGCUUUAACAGAGGAAGCAGAGGAAGCAGACAGCACACAAGCGGGUCAAGAGCAGGCCUGAUAAUAUCCUUGGCCUCAGAAACCAAAUGAAAAAGGAUUACACAUAGAAGAAUGUUAAUGUGCAUGUCCGGCUCAAGAAUAAAUGUAAUACAUAUUCUUUA